CAUCUUUUACCUAUUUGCAGUUAGCGCCCCUCGACGUUAACCCGGUCAUCCACCAAACUUAGCCUGCAGCUCUUCCAGGUCUGAUAAUUCUCCAAUCGGGCGAGGUUGCUAGCUUCAACUUCACAAAUUGUUACUUUGUUUCGUUUUGUAAAUUCAGGGCGGGCCAUGUGGGAUGAAGUCCCAAUCAGUGGACAUCUUGAACACCGUCACAAGUCUCUGGCCCGAAGUGUAGGCUGCUCACCCCACCCAUCCCUACCGACCCGAUCCACUCUGCAACGGGACCAAGCUGUUGCGAUAAGGGAUUAUCGCAGUUCAAACAAACGCAAUGGACCGCACCACCACCGCGGCUGGCGGCGAUGACGCUGCCACCGAAAGCCUCGUAGACAUGACGAAGACAGCCUCACCGAAAUCAUUCUUAGAGCAUCAGCACCACAUACCCCAGAAUCACCGACACCCGGCACCGCCAUCGAUUCCCCAUCGACGCACCUCGUCGGGCGCAAACUUCUUCUCCAAGCUUCCCUUCGUGCGCUCCCUCUCUGAUGGCAAACAACAACAACAACAACAGCAGGACUACCAAAAUCAUCAGAAUCAAGACGUUGAAGAAGACGCUUCUCGCUCCCCGUCGACAUCCAUGUCGACGUUGACCCAGCAGCAGCAGCAAAAGUCGCGACGGAGAAAGGGGUCCCUUAGGAAGGUGGCCUUGCUGGGGAGGGGCGCGCAAAGGGAACGCAAGGAGGCUAAGCAGCUCACCAUUGACACAUCAUACAGCAUCUCUCGCAACAUGGACGGCGCCGCAUCCCGAUCAAACGCGAGCCUUGAGCAGGACCCUCUCGGGCUUAAUAUAUCGGACCUGACGCCGCGUCCUUCAAUGGAGGGAUACGCAAGCAGGUCGAGCGUCGCGGAUUCCUCUGUACCGCCGUCGACAAGUCCUCCGCGUUCCAACGAGACGGAACCUGGCAUCACUAGUCCCACAAUAUCCUACACCUCUACGACGGACGAAGACGAUGUAUUGCACAUACCAAACCAUAUCCCUUCUCCGUUAGGGCCAGACUUGUCGCUGUCGUCGGGCUCCGAUUCAUACUUCAAGAACCGCUCAAGACGGCGGUCUAUACUACAGGCCAAGUCACCGCUUUCAUACAGUGGGCUCUCCACGACGCCGUUACCCCCCAACGAUGUGGAAUGGGAUUACUCGGAGACGGAGUGGUGGGGUUGGGUCGUCCUGGUUGCAACUUGGAUCGUGUUUGUUAUUGGCAUGGGCUCGGUCCUGGGAAUCUGGAGCUGGGCUUGGGACGUCGGGACGACGCCGUACGCUCCCCCGGAGCUCGAGGAUGACCCGACGCUGCCCAUUGUGGGCUACUAUCCAGCUCUCAUGAUUCUCACAUGUAUCAUGGCUUGGGUGUGGGUUGUCGUGGCGUGGGUGGGCAUGAAGUAUUUUCGCCAUGCUAAGAUCAGCGGGGAGUAAAGAAGGAAUGGCUUUCGAUUGGGCGCUUUGCUUACGAUACUCGAUUGGCGUCUUUUUGGACGAGCAUACUUCAGCGCGGGCGUCCAUAUAGGAGUGGCGCCGCCGCGAUCACUUGUUUGGUGUUGGUUAUGGGGGUUAAAAGGGUGUUACAAAGCAAGCGAGCGUACGGAUGCUUGGGUUUACUCUUGUUUGGUAGGCGUAUGGGAAAAGCUAGUAUAGUUGUCACGAAGAAACAAACAACAGAAGCCU